AUGGAUUGUGGAACUGGACAAGCUUCAUAUGGAACUUUACAGAGAAGUUGUCUCACAUCUGUAGCAUACAAAGCUGGCAUCAGAAAGAGACUACGUUCUGGCUUACAAGACAAAACUAAUAUAUGCAGUUUUAUGGAUCGUCUGGAUGAAACUAGUGGUGAUGAAAGUGAAGAGGAUGGUAAUGCAGUAGCUUAUGAUUCAGACUUUGAAGAUAGAUUUGAUGGAAAUUUUCAAGAAAAUCUUGACUGUAGUUCACAAGAAAACACAGAUGAAGAAUCCGAUCCAGAAAUUGAAGUUGUUGAUUUAACAGUCACUAAGGAGCCAAAUAGCAUACCGGCCAGGAACAGAGUUAAAUCUCUAGCAUCACUUUUUGAAGAAGCAUUUCGUGCUACAGAAAAACCAUCUAAAAAAACUAAACCAAAAGAAGAUGCUUAUAUAGAUGAAGGGGAUGCUACUUUCACAUGUACUUACUGUGGAGCUAUUAUGUGGUUUGGUGAACGCUUAAACAGGCGUCUAAAAACACGCAACCCUAAGUUUGCUCUCUGUUGUAUGCAAGGACAAGUGCAGUUACCAUUACUAAAACAACCACCAGAAGUGCUACAAAAUUUGCUGAAUAGAGAUGAUAAAUUAAGCAAGCAUUUUCAGAGAAACACAAGAGCUUACAACAUGGUGUUCUCAUUCACUUCACUUGGUGGAAAGGUUGAUAGAGCUGUUCGGAAGGGAAAAGGUCCAAACAUGUUGGUACUCCAAGGUGAGAAUUACCAUUUAAUUGGUAGUUUACAACCACCUACUGGAAAUGAUGCUAAGUUUGGACAGCUUUAUAUCGUUGACACUGAAAAUGAAACAGAAAAUCGAACAAAUGCUUUAAGCAAAGGGGGGCAAAAGAAAGCUUAUAAAAAACGUGAUGGACUUAAGAAGGAGAUCAUUGACCUUCUGAUAAAGAUGUUGAAUGAGACCAACCCUUACGUUAAACAGUUCAGGUCAGCAAAAGAUCGUUUCACCAUCAAUCCUAAAGACUCUUUUCACAUGAGGAUAGUCAGUGAUAGAGCAAAGGAUGGAAGAACCUAUGACACACCCACAGCAUCAGAAGUUGCUGCACUGAUUCCUGGAGAUUUUAAUCUGGACAUGGAUAAAAGAGAUAUUGUUCUUCAACAGAAAUCAGGCAAGUUGCUAAGGAUCGAUGAAAUACAUGCUUCAUAUCUUGCACUUCAAUAUCCUCUUUUAUUUGUACAUGGAGAGGAUGGUUUCAGACUUGGGAUAAAGAAAGGUGUUACUAAAGCUACGGAGAAACAGAAAAAGGAAAAUAUCAGCAUCCGGCAGUUCUUUGCGUUUCGUUUGCAUGAAUGUAAGAAUGAGGCUCAUACUAUCCUAAAUUCAGGAAGGUUGUUUCAGCAGUUUGUUGUGGAUGCCUACACAACUAUAGAAUCCAAUCGCCUACGCUAUCUGAAGACUCACCAGACGAGUUUGCGUUAUGAUAGUUAUGACUCUAUCAAAGAGUCAGAAAAUGCUGGCAGGAUUGAUAUGGCCGAGCAAGGAUCUUCGUUUCUCUUACCAGCUACGUUCACUGGUGGUCCUAGAUAUAUGAAAAACCUCUAUCUGGAUGCAAUGACUAUAUCUAUGUACACGAUUGAGUUUCAGAAACGUGGUCUACCACAUGCUCACAUUCAUCCUACGGCCAAGAUUCCCACAACAGAUGAUAUUGGCAAGAUAAUUUCAGCUGAGAUUCCUGAUAAGUCUCAAGAACCAGAGUUGUACGAUAUCAUUAAGGAUAUGAUGAUUCAUGGACCAUGUGGAGCUGCUAAUAUGAAAUCUCCUUGCAUGGAAAAUGGGAAAUGUUCGAAGCUUUACCCGAAAUCAUUUGCUGAUAAGACAACAGUGAGUAAAGAAGGAUUUCCGAUUUACCGUAGAAGAGAAGAUACAGAUCGUUUUGUAGAGAAGAAUGGGGUGAAAUGUGACAACAGAUUUGUUAUUCCUUAUAACAAGAAACUAUUUCUACGUUAUCGAGCUCAUAUUAAUGUAGAGUGGUGCAACCAGUUGUUGGUGGAACCACCAGAUCACAUGGUUGCAGAGGCGCUUGGUUGUGCAGAAGGAGAAGUGGACCCAAAAAAAGGGAAUGAAUUCAAGGAGUUCUUUGAUUGCAUAUAUGUUUCUUCGUCUGAAAGAUCAUGGAGAAUUUUUAAGUUCCCCAUUCAUUACAGGUCUACUACAGUUGAGAAGCUUAAUUUCCAUCUGCCAGCAUGGUUUGAGUUGUGUAAAGUUGAUGAUCUGGCUAAAACUCUCACCUAUGCUCAGAUUCCUAACUUCUUUACAUAUUCAAAGAGUCAGAAGAAGUUCAUAAGACGGAAAAGGGGAUUCAGUGUUGGCCGAAUCAACUAUGCUCCACGUAAUCAAGAACAUGCUUAUUAUCUCUGUGUGUUGUUGAACUAUGUGAGAGGUCCUACGAGUUAUGAUGACAUCAAAACGUUUGAAGGUGUUGUUUAUCCAAGCUACAAAGAUGCAUGUUAUGCUCGAGGAUUGUUAGAUGAUGAUCAAGAUUUAUCUGGGCCAGAGGAUGUUUGGGAGAAGAAUUGGGAAUGUCUUUCAGAUGAUAUUGAGCAUCACAGGCGUAAAACUUUCAAUAGGCCAGGACUAUUGUUAAGUGACGAUGAGAAAAAGAAAUUCGCCUUUCUGGAGAUUGAAAAGAUUCUGAAGCGUUGUGGGACUUCUUUGGCAAAAUAUCCUUCUAUGCCACAGGUAGCAAAGACACAUAGUAAGGAUUCAAAUGUGUUGAUAUUAGACGAGAGAAGCUAUGAUCGUGAGGCUUUGUUAGAAACUCUGGUCUCUAUUCCAAAGAUGACUCCAGAGCAAAGAAAAAUAUAUGAUGAAAUCCUAGAGGCUGUUAACAAGGAAAGAGGUGGAAUGUUUUUUGUGUCUGGAUUUGGUGGCACUGGGAAAACUUUUCUCUGGAAAUUACUAUCUGCAGGCGUUAGAUCGCGAGGAGAUAUUGCUCUUAAUGUUGCAUCGAGUGGGAUUGCUUAUUUGUUGUUACAAGGUGGUAGGACUGCUCAUUCAAGGUUUGGGAUACCACUUAAUCCAGAUGAGUUUUCUUCGUGUACUAUGGCUCAUGGAUCAGAUCAAGCUAAUUUGGUGAAAGAGGCAUCACUGAUUAUAUGGGAUGAAGCCCCCAUGAUGAGUAGGUAUUGUUUUGAGGCACUAGAUAGAAGCUUAUCUGAUAUUAUUGGGAAGCAUAGCGACAAGCCUUUUGGUGGAAAGGUUGUAGUUUUCGGAGGCAAUUUCAGACAAGUGCUCCCAGUAAUAAAUGGCGGUAGUAGAGCUGCCAUCGUUAUGGCUUCAAUGAAUUCUUCGUAUCUGUGGGAGCAUUGUAAAGUGCUGAAAUUAACUAAGAACAUGCGAUUAUCAUCUGGUGGUUUGUCAGCUGAAGAGUCGAAUGAUCUAAAGGAAUUCUCUGAGUGGAUCUUAAAGGUUGGUGAUGGUACACUUGGAGAGCCUAACGAUGGAGUAGCUAAGAUCGAGAUCCCCUCUGAAUUUUUGAUUACUGAUUCUGAUGAACCAAUAGAGGCCAUUAGCAAGGCAGUGUACGGAGAUCCUUCUUCGUUGAAAGGAAACAAAGAAGCUAAAUUUUUCCAAGAGAGAGCUAUUUUGUGUCCAACCAAUGAGGAUGUUAACAUGAUCAAUGAUUACAUGUUGGAUAAGCUGGAUGGGAUUGAAUUGAGUAACCACAAGAAAGAGGUAGAUGAAAUUGAAAGAUUGGUGUUUGGAACUGAGAUUGAACAGGUUCAGCAUCUGAUUGUAGCAACAGCUGAAGCAAAGAUUGUGAAGGAAGCUGACAAAAUGGUUGAAGUAAAGAUUUUGAAGGGAGAUGCACCCAUGGCUGAGAAACCAGUUGCGAAGAGAGCUAACCGGAAGCUGAAAGAAGUCAAGCUGGAGGACACCACUGAAGUUGAGCAGUCACCCUAUGACAAGCUCCCAUUUCCACAAAGGGUCCUCACCAAAGCUCAAAAGAAGGUAAUUUCCAAGUUCAUAAAAGACUUAAGUGAUAUUGGAGUUAAGCUUCCAGAGAUCUCGGGUAUGCGUGAGGCUCAUGUCCAAAUGAUGCUCAUCAAGGACAUUGUAGACCACCAAGCAGAAGUAGCAGAGCUCCUCAACAUUUCAACUUUGAAACUUGAUCCAGCCAUCACACCAAAGUUUCUCCCUAAACUAGAAUCCCAAGGGAAGUUCACCUUGUCCUGCUCCCUUGGUAAGCUCACCUUUGACGAUGCUCUUGUUGAUUCCGAGAGUUCCAUUGAUCCUGGGCACACCAUUCCUUACUACUGUGGGUGCUUGCAUCGAUUUCGCCAACAAGAAGGUCACACUCCUCAAUGUCAACAAGCUGUCUCUUACCCAAUUCAGUCUCCACUGGAUGUUGAGUAUUAUGGAACCAUCACUUGUGGAGACCCCUACAUUGAGAAGGAUCCUCCUUCUCAACUUUCCACUUGA